CUCGCUCUCUUGCAGGCUGCACUCAUACAUACACACACAUCCACCGACUGCAUACUCGAUACACAUUAACAAACUCAGUCAUACUCACAUACACUCUGCAACUGCAGCAGCACACACGAACACACACUCCCUUAGGUGAUCGCACACUCUCUGACAACAUAUCUGAGGCAGUUUUAAAGCUCUUCAUUUCACUUCACCACACACAAACACACACACAUAGUUCUCCCUCAAACACCACAUAUACAAAAAAUGAGGACCAUCGCUUUGUGCUUUUGUGCCAUUUUCCUACUCACAGCAACCGUGGUCCUGUGCACCAGUCGAUCAGCAGACUUUCCCAUCAACUCACACCUGCGAUGGGAUGCUAAAGGACCAUACACCUCUGGAUCCGAAUCUGGAGCUUGCUCUGUGAAACUGAGACCCUCAGGCCAGUGUGGGGGUUCUGGGCCCGGGACAGAGGAGGGUGAAGACUGUCCUUACCAGGUCACUCUGCCUCCCAUGACCAUCCAGCUGCCCAAGCAAUUCAGGCUGCUGGAGAAGACAAUGAAGGAGCUGCAAAGCCUGAAGGAGACAGUUAACAAGCUAAAGAGUGGGUGCCUGGAGUGUCGUGGGGGACGGGGUUCUGGGGGAAUUGGUCAGCAGCAAGCUGACCAGGGACAGAUCCAGGUCCAAAGGGACAGCAGUGAAAUACUGGGACCUGAACUAGAGAUGAACCAGGAGGUUGACUCCAGCCGAGAGGAAAGAGGCGAUGGGAUGAUGACUGCAGGGGCUGAUGCGGGUCCAGUGCUAGGUACAACUAACGGAAAAAUUAAUCAGAGCCCCAGCUCCAUGCAGGAUAUGCAGGUGAAGAUGAAUCGCAUGUCGGCCAGCCUGCGAAAUGCUCGCAACCAGAUUUCCACCCUGCAGGGUCGCCUGGAGGGCUUGAAUCUGCUUAACAUGGACAAUGUACAGGCCAUUGUAGACAGCAGGGUAGAGAACAUCACUGGAGUGGUCAACAAGCUCAGCUCCGCCUGCAACACCCAGUGUGCUUUACAGAACACUCCUCAAUUCAUCUUAGCCCCUAGGGACUGUUCGGAGUACAAUGUAUUGGAGGAGAGGAGGAAUGGCGUGUACCGCGUGACUCCGGAUCCCCGUAAUGGGACCUUCGAGGUCUUCUGUGACAUGGAGUCAUUUGGAGGCGGUUGGACCGUCAUACAGCAACGACUUAACGGUUCAGUCAGCUUCAACCGUACCUGGGCAGAGUAUAAGAAAGGCUUCGGGAACUUCAGGGGGGAGUUCUGGCUAGGUAAUGAUCACAUUCAUCUGCUGACAAAGUCCAAAGACAUGGUCCUGCGUAUCGAGUUGGAGGACUUUGAGGGUGUCAGGGAGUAUGCAAAAUAUGACCAGUUCUAUGUGGCCAACGAGUUCCUGCGAUACCGUCUGUCUGUCAGUGGAUACAGUGGUACUGCUGGGAACGCCAUCAGCUUUAACAAGCAUUUCAACCAUGAUCAGAAGUUUUUCUCAACACCUGACCGCGACAACGAUAUGUACCCCUCUGGAAACUGUGGCUCCUACUACAGUUCCGGCUGGUGGUUUGACGCCUGCAUGUCCGCCAAUCUUAACGGGAAAUACUAUCACAAGAGGUACAAGGGAGUGAGGAACGGAAUCUUUUGGGGGACCUGGCACAACAUGUCCACGGAGUACUACCCUACCAACUACAGGCAAGCUUUCAAGACAGUCAAGAUGAUGAUAAGGCCCAAGAACUACGCUCCUUAAGAGGACUGGGAGAAAUGAAUGGAGAGAAAAUGGCAGAUAGACAGAUGGACUGACAGACAAAUGAACAUGGACACAAAAGUACAGAUGGACAACAAACCAACAAAUAAGCAUAGACUUUCAUUAAAACGUACGCAGUCAAGCAUGCAUAUGUGCACCCACACAUGCACGGAUGAGCAUACACAUGCAUACAUGUACUCAAACUGAAAAAAGAUUAAAAGCCCCAAAGACAGUGCAGAUACUGUAGUAAUAUAAACUGUGAAAAACAAAAAAAACAAGAAAGCUAUUUCGUUUAUCAGUAUAGUAAAUUUGGCCAUCAAAAUGUUUAACUAAAAGAUAAGGAAAAUUAGAGACUAUGGACCAUGGAUAGUAAUGAGCUAAUACAAAAAGAAGAAAAAAGAAGAAAAAAUAAACAGACUCCAUGUGUGUUGACAUCAUGCAGAAGGUUACAAUGUGAGAUUUUUAACUAUUUCAUUGUCAUUUCUGCACUUUCUAUCCCACUGCUUCAUGUCACAAGCUCUCACAUACAUCCGUGACACAACUGAGAGAAAAGAACAGCACGCAGUAGUGCUAAAAUCUAAUGACCUAUCAUUUUUACUGCUCUAAGCGAUCUCGUGAUAAAUGGCAGCCACUGAAGUGAGGUUUGUGAGAGUUUAUGAGAUAAUUUCAGCUUCUGUUGGAAUCUGUGAACGUGCUUAUACCCCAUGCAAAAAAAAAACAA